AACAAAAGAAACAAGUGGCGUCCUGAAAUUUCAUGAGCUACUGUGUUACCCUCUGACUGGUCGUUGAGCUUCAUUUCUAAGAAACUCUGAAUCUAUAUGUAACAUGUAAGUCUGUGUCUCUCUCGAACAGACUCAUACUCUGUCUGUUUUCUCUCUCUUUACCCACUAAUGGAAAACCCAUCAUCAAAAGAAGAGAUUUCAAGAGUCCUUAAAGUCCUAGAAGCUCUUAAACAAGCUUCUCAUGACUUACAGCUCCAUCCCACUCCUAAAUCUACCGAUUCCAACUCACCCGCCAUUAAAGCUCUGUUAGAGCUCGAAACAGAGUCCGAUACUAUUCUUUCUAAAGACCCAAAUCUCUCUACUCUCUCUCAACAUCUCACCAGUCUUAGAACUCUUAUUGAAUCUUUACAAGAAUCGCGUGGUUACAGUUUUAGAAAUUUCCUAAAUCGCCGAGUCUCCACUCACUCCAUUUCACGAGUCGCGGGGUCAAUCGAGUCAGAAAUUCAAGCUUGGAUCGAUCGUGAAAGCAUCGAGAGCUUAACAGCGGCGUUGAAAGAGCCUGGGAAGAACGAAAACGAGGAGGUAUUGGUGAGUUUGUUAACUCAGUUUGAAAACAGAGUCUCGCAAGGGUUUAAUCGCGAGUUACAAGAUUUAGUUCUUAAGUCUAAAAUUCUAUAUAUUCUUGAAAACAUUAUUUGCGAUCCUAAUAAUAACAAUUGGUCUAAAAGAAUUAAAGAACAGUGUGGUUUUGUAGUUGCAGCUUUGAUUCGAUUCAAUAAAGAUGUUUUUGUGGGUCAAGUGCUAAUGGGUCCAUUAAUACAUGCUCUUGUAUCAAUGGCUUCGUGGAAAUCAAUCAGAGUGCUCUGUUCUUUAAUUAAGUUAAUUAAAUCGCCAUUAGUGGAUGAGAUCGAGUCAAAUGGAGAAAUACCCAAAAUUAUUUGUUUCUUGGAUUACAAAGAUUUGCAAAUUAGGGUUUUGGCAAUGGAGUGCAUUCUUGAAAUUGGGUAUUUUGGUAGAAAAGAAGCAAUUGAAGCUAUGCUUAAAGAAGGGUUGAUUAAAAAACUUGUGGAAUUGCAAAGAUUGGAUCUUGGUAGCGAUUUGAUUGAUAUUAGUAAUUUUGAUGAGGAGAAGGAGAGUGAAAAGAUUAAAGAAAAGAAGGUUUUAGAGAGGUUUCCAUUUGCAGGCUGUGUGGCAAAAUUUGCAGUGCAAUUAGAGGUUGGAGAAGGGUUAAGGCAAAGAGAGAAGAGAGCAUUUAAGCAAGAAAUAUUGGAGAGAGUUAAAGAAGCUUCUGUUUCUGAUGCUGAAGCUGCUACUAUUGUAGCUGAGGUUUUGUGGGGAUCUUCACCUUGAAAAUUCGUCAAAUGUUCAUGUUUCUUCUUUUCUUUUAGUGAAUUUAUAGUUGAAAAAAAAAAAGUUAAAAAAAUUCUUUUGGUGUAAAUUAUGCAUGCAUGUGUUGAGGUCUUAUGUAAAUAUGAAUUGUUGAAUAAACUGGAUGGAUUCUUGAUUGAUGAACUUU